UGACUCUGAAAGCCAGAAAGCUGAAAACAAGAAACAAGAGAGAGACAGAGAGAGAGAGAGAGAGACAUCCUUCGUCCAAUUACCCGUCUCGACUUUUACGGGGAGAUUCAUAAAUUUGUGGGGAAAAGAAUUUCAGGUGAACAAAAGGGGAGAGGAUCGAUGAAACUUACACCGCAAUAACACGUAUUUCGAUAACGAGAAGGUGAAGGAGAAGGAGAGGAAGCAAUCGAGAAUCGUCGUUUUUUAGUGAGCGGAUCAAGGGAAACAGGGAAGAGACAGAGAGAAGAGAGAGAUUUUCCGGCGGUCUGCCGUUCUGAGUCCCGGCGGACCUGGCCUGAUCCAAUCUUCGGAUUGCCCAUUUGUCUGAUUUCCCGGUUCGGUUAAGAUGCAGCAUAAUCUAUUCACAGCAAUGCGAAGUUUGAAGAUUAUAGAAGGAUGUAAAGGGACGCAGGUUUACGCUCUCAACCCCUCAGCUCCUCCAAACUGUCGACCCCCGCCUCCUCCGCCGGGAAGCGGUGACGGAGGCGGGGGCGGAGGAGUCGGCGACAAGCUCCUUCAGCACCUCCAAGACCAUCUUCGUGUCAACUCGAUCCGAUCCAAAUCCUCCCGGACUUAUCCACCGCCGACCCAAACAAACGCCGUCGCUGCGCGGGAUUCCCUCCUCCCUUAUGGACUCCCCGCCACGUCUCUGCUCGAGCCCCAGAUCGAUCCCUGCCUGAAAUUUGUAGAUUUCAUCGAGAAGCUCGCCGAAGUCUACCGUCGGAUCGAGAAUUGCCCGCAAUUCGAGAAAUCGGGGGCGUAUUUGGAACAAUGCGCGAUCUUCCGGGGCUUAUCCGACCCAAAACUCUUCCGGCGGAGUCUCCGGUCUGCCAGACAACACGCCGUAGAUGUCCACACGAAGGUUGUCUUGGCCUCUUGGCUCAGAUUCGAGAGGAGAGAGGACGAGCUGAUCGGAACGACCUCCAUGGAUUGCUGCGGCAGAAAUCUGGAAUGCCCACGAGCAACCCUUGUUUCCGGGUACGACCCGGAAUCCGUUUACGACCCGUGUGUCUGUUCCAAAACUCCCAGAGCGGAACUCAACGACGAUGUCUCAGAAUGUUCGACUUCUGAAGAAGAAGAUUACGACAUGGCCUUUUGUAUCGGCGACGACGAGGUUCGAUGCGUUCGCUACAAGAUCGCGUCUUUGUCGAGACCCUUUAAGGCAAUGCUAUACGGCGGCUUUAGAGAAACGAAACGAGAGACCAUAAACUUUACGCAGAACGGAAUCUCCAUUGAAGGGAUGAGAGCUGCAGAGAUUUUCAGCAGAACCAAAAAGUUGGAUAUGUUCCCUCCGAAUAUUGUCUUGGAGCUUCUUACAUUGGCCAAUCGCUUCUGCUGCGACGAAUUGAAAUCCGCAUGUGAUUUGUAUUUAGCGAAUCGUGUUAGUAAUUUGGAUGAUGCAAUGUUGUUGAUCGAAUACGGGUUGGAGGAAUCAGCAUAUCUCCUUGUGGCGGCUUGUCUGCAGGUUUUUCUCAGAGAGCUGCCAAGUUCUAUGCAUAACCCGAAUGUGUUAAAGAUAUUCUGCAGCACAGAGGGCCGGGAAAGAUUGGCAUCAUUAGGGCACGCCUCUUUUACCCUUUACUUCUUCUUGAGCCAGAUAACAAUGGAGGAUGAUAUGAAGUGUAACACGACAGUGAUGCUCUUGGAACGUAUGGUAGAAUGUGCUGUGGAGACAUGGCAGAAACAGCUUGCGUAUCACCAGUUAGGUGUUGUGAUGCUCGAGAGGAAAGAAUAUAAGGAUGCUCAGAGAUGGUUUGAUGCAGCGGUUGAAGAAGGGCAUGUUUAUUCCCACGUGGGUGUUGCUAGGUCAAAGUUCAAGCGUGGCCAUAGAUACUCUGCUUACAAGAUUAUCAACUCCUUGAUUUCGGAUUGCACUCCGGCUGGAUGGAUGUACCAGGAGAGGUCAUUGUACUGCAGCGGUAAAGAGAAACUUGUUGAUUUGGAUACAGGAACUGAGUUAGACCCAACUCUGAUGUUCCCGUACAAGUACCGGGCUGUUGCCUUGGUAGAGGAGAAUCAGUACGGGGCUGCCAUUGUGGAACUGAACAAGAUUAUCGGAUUUAAGGUAUCUUCAGACUGUUUGGAGAUGCGGGCAUGGAUUUCUAUCGCUAUGGAGGAUUAUGAAGGGGCUCUGAAAGAUAUCCGUGCACUUUUGACGUUGGAGCCGAACUUCCAGAUGUUCAACCGUAAAAUCCAUGGGGACCAUAUGGUAGAACUGCUCCGCCCGUUAGUCCAGCAAUGGAGCCAGGCUGACUGCUGGAUGCAGCUUUACGAUCGGUGGUCUUCCGUGGACGACAUCGGAUCUUUGGCGGUAGUUCAUCAUAUGCUUUCGGAAGAUCCUGGGAAAAGCCUUUUGCGGUUCAGACAGUCUCUUCUUCUGUUAAGGUUGAACUGUCAAAAGGCGGCGAUGCGUAGUCUAAGGCUGGCUAGGAACCAUUCCAAGUCAGAGCACGAGAGACUUGUCUAUGAAGGAUGGAUAUUAUAUGACACAGGCCACCGGGAGGAAGCCCUGGCUAAGGCCGAAGAGUCCAUUUCAAACCAGAGAUCUUUCGAGGCAUUUUUCCUCAAAGCUUAUGCACUUGCGGAUUCCACUCUUGACCCCGAGUCCUCAAAGUAUGUCAUCCAACUCCUUGAAGAAGCACUUCGGUGCCCUUCAGACGGUCUUCGUAAGGGGCAAGCAUUGAACAACUUGGGAAGUGUAUAUGUGGACUGUGAUAAGCUGGAUCUUGCAGCCGAUUGCUACAUGAACGCACUCAACAUCAAACAUACGAGAGCUCACCAAGGUCUUGCUCGGGUUUAUCAUCUUAAAGACCAAAGGAAAGCUGCAUUCGAUGAGAUGACAAAGUUGAUAGAGAAAGCUCAGAACAGUGCCUCGGCUUACGAGAAACGCUCUGAGUAUUGCGACCGGGAGAUGGCACAGAGCGAUCUCAGCAUGGCCUCGCAGCUUGACCCCUUACGAACUUACCCUUACAGAUACAGAGCCGCAGUUUUGAUGGACGACCACAAAGAAGGUGAAGCGAUAGCCGAGCUGACGAGGGCCAUAGCGUUUAAACCGGACAUACAGCUAUUGCAUCUAAGGGCAGCAUUCUAUGAUUCGACGGGAGAAUACGCUGCAGCAAUCAGAGACUGCGAAGCAGCGUUGUGUCUUGAUCCCGGACAUGCAGAUACACUCGAACUCUAUCACAAAGCACUCGAGCAACAUUCUCCAGAUAAGUAGAGAGAGAGUUUCGGAUGUAAUCUGAUCUCUUCUGCCUCUGUUACUGGUAAAAGCUUCUUCUAGGUCAUUCCAUUCCUCCUAGAAGAAGAUUCAGCCAUAAACUCUCUCUCUCUCUCUCUCUCUCUACCUGUUUCUCUGGUGAUAUUCAAAGGGUUGGUCCAAAGGAGCAAGAAUAGCAUGUAAAUAGCAAACUUGGUAUAUGAUUGGAUGACUGGAAGAGGACAAUGUAUAGUAGUGAAGUGCAGAGUGUUCUUGCUGCUGAAAGGAGACUCAUUUUCUGGCCAAAGGAACACAGGAGACUCGUGGACUUUCUUGUUCUGUCCUGUUGUGUUAGAUGUUUUCUUUUAAUUAUUUGUUUUUUUUUAAUUCUCGGGGUUAAGGGCAUUGAUUAUAUACGUAAUUGUGUAUCUGUAACUUUUUGUUCCCUUGUUUGUUGUACGGAUUCUCAGGCUUCUGAGAUUUUUUCCCCCCUUCCAAAAGCUGCCAAAAAACAAAGAGAGUGUAUCCAUACGACUUCUAUUUGUUCUCUGCU